CAGGUAGGAGCGACCUCGGCGCCGCGCUCCCGGAAGUACUGGGGUGUCCGACAUGGAGAUGGCCGAGCGGCGCUCUCAGUAGCCUGGCCUAGGCAGGUGCCAUGGCCCUGAUUGAGGGGGUGGGGGACGAGGUGACUGUCCUUUUUGGGACACUCCUCUGUCUCCUGGUACUGGGCCUGGCCUGGAUCUCUACACACACCUCAGAACAAAGUGAUCUGCUGCCCCAGGACUCAGGGACCCCCUCCCCAACACAGUCCAGAGAGGCUGCAGUAUCCACAGUCAGCAACAGCCAGGAUGCUUCGGGACCCGAGGCCCCCACACUGAGGCAGCGAGUACCAAACUCACAGUCAGAGCCUGGAACUGUAACCCCAGAAGCACCACCCCCCAGCUCUCAGCCAGGACCCCUGGUGCUUAGGCUGAAGUUCCUCAACGACUCAGAACAGGUGGCGAGAGCCUGGCCCCAGGACACCAUUGGCUCUUUGAAAAGGACCCAGUUUCCAGGCCAGGAACACCAGGUGCGGCUCAUUUAUCAAGGGCAGCUUCUCGGAGACGAUGCCCAGACUCUGGGCUCCCUUCACCUCCCCCCCAACUGCGUUCUCCACUGCCACGUGGCCGCCAGAGCAGGUCCCCAACACCACGGCUGCCCACCGGGGUCAGAGACCGGCCCCUCGGGGUUGGGAGUGGGCAACCUGCUGCUCCCCCUGCUGCUUCUCAUGCUGACACUGCUUUGGUACUGCCAGAUCCAGUACCGACCCUUCUUUCCCCCCACCGCCACUCUGGGCCUGGCCGGCCUCACGCUGCUGGUCAGUCUCCUGGCCUUCGCAAUGUACCGCCGCUAGUGCCUGCCCGCGCCCAGGGCCAGAACCAGCCCGGAUCCCAUUCUCCUCGGCACAGCGGGAGCUGCUGCCUCCCUCGGCCCGCGGCUCGGGCAUGCCUCUUUCCCCUGCCUUGGAGCCCGGCUCUGCAGAGAGAGCUGCGGGGACCCUCCGAGCCUUCCCGGUGUGAGCAGCCCUGCUCCCGGCUGGCCCCCGGGACCGCGGCCGCCUCCCCACCGGGGAGCUGCUGCUCCUGCCUGGGGGUGCAGGGCAUGGCCAAGCCUUUGGGCCCCCCGAACGCCCAGCCCGCCCAUGCGCCCUGAGAGUUGCCAAUGACCCCCAGAGCCCGCGGCCGGCCCGGGCUCCAGGACAGGAUCGAGCUCAAGCUCGGGUUCUUUGCAUAGACUUCGAUUAAAAACAAAAAUGUGAAUUCCCAGCGCUGCCGGGUGUGUUGAAUGAGUGUGCUGAAGUGAAGGAGCUGGGGGAUGGGGAAGCCGGACUCCCGGGACCUCCGGGGUUCCGAGAAGGGAGGGAGCUGCACGGGAGUCCACUUCUAUGCGCCACCAGGAAGCAGCUGUGCCCCGGGGGCGGGCCACCGGACCCCGAGGCCUAGCGCCCCUCCCCCCAAAGAAAAGGGAGGAGUGUAAGACUGGUGGCACUACCUACCUCACAGGGCUGUUGUGAGGGACGCGCUAUAUAAAGAGAAGCUGUUACUCUUA